GGUUGGGUUGAGCACUGCGCCUGCGUGCCCCAGACGCAUGCGUAGUCGCUGCUUGGCCCUCACGGCCGCUGGUAAGGGGAGUUCAAGGAGACCGGGACGAGGUUAGUGAGGGUACCUCGUCUGGGUCCGGGUUACAGCCAUCAUGCCGGGAAUAGUGGAGCUGCCCACUCUGGAGGAGCUGAAAGUAGAUGAGGUGAAAGUCAGUUCUGCUGUCCUUAAAGCUGCAGCUCACCACUAUGGUGCUCAGUGCGACAAGGCCAACAAGGAGUUCAUGCUCUGCCGCUGGGAGGAGAAAGAUCCAAGGCGGUGUUUAGAGGAAGGCAAGCUUGUCAACAAGUGUGCUUUGGACUUCUUUAGGCAGAUAAAGCGUCACUGUGCGGAGCCUUUUACAGAAUAUUGGACCUGCAUUGAUUAUUCUGGCCUACAGUUAUUUCGUCACUGUCGCAAACAGCAGGCAAAGUUUGAUGAGUGUGUGCUGGACAAACUGGGCUGGGUGCGCCCUGACCUAGGAGAACUGUCAAAGGUCACUAAAGUGAAAACAAAUCGGCCUUUACCUGAGAAUCCUUACCACUCAAGACCAAGACCAGAGCCCAACCCUGAGAUAGAAGGAAAUUUGAAGCCUGCCAAACAUGGCAGCCGCCUUUAUUUCUGGACCAUGUAAAGAUGGGUCCAUGGCCCAUGCUCAGUCACAUGCCCAGACAACAACGGAUGAAAACUCUGGUGCAAUUUGUAUUGUCUGAUAGUGUGUUCUUUCCGGGAUCACGCACAGAAAAGUUAAUUUAUGUGACUUGGCAGUUACUCUAUACCAUUUCCUGGCCAUUAAAAAUUUUAAAGGAAA